AUGUCCUCGUCACAUUCUUGUGUUAAUGACGUUAUUUUUGGCCGCCUGGAAAUGGAAACUUUCGCUCCCCAAUAUCUCUCGCCAGUUGCUUCGUAUGGAGUAUUCAUCGCCACGGGCCAGAAAUCAGAUGAUGGGUUGAGUAUGACACGUGCAUUCUUGUCGUUGUCAUUGCUGGCUCUCAUAUCAACGCCAUUCUCCAUGUUUUUUCAACUUGUUCCUCUGAUGAUUGGUGCACGGAGGUGCCUGAAGCGUGUCGAAAAGUUUCUCGAGUUGUCCCCUCAGCAUGAUUCUCGCGUCUUCUUGCACAUUAACAAGACUGUGCAACAAUUCAAGACUUCCAAUAUCGUUGCUGAUUUCCCCAGAGUUGGAGAUUCAUUCGAGCUGCGCAACAGGAAGACUGGGAUAAGUACCUUUAGUGAAACUAACAGCGAAAAUUAUGACUCUGUGGUCCAUAAAGCAACGCUUGCAUGGCCUGAUCAUGACCCUAUUCUUCAAAAUGUGGACAUCAAGAUCCCAAAAUCGAAACUUUCCAUUGUUAUUGGGCCAAAUGCCAGUGGCAAAACCACUCUCUGCAAGGCGCUUCUGUGUGAGGCACAAAUCGUCUCUGGCAGUGUACACGUCGGUACAUCUCCUGAUAUAGCCGUCUGCAACCAACAGGCUUUUCUUUUCAACGCAUCAGUACGUGAAAACAUCACCGCAUUCUCAAGCUAUGGUGCCUCAUGGUACAACUCUACCAUAACUGCCGUUGGUCUAGAAGACGACAUCAAGGGCCUUCCUGAUGGAGACGAUACCCUGGUUGGUAGCAAUGGCAUAUCUCUCAGUGGUGGCCAAAAGCAAAGAGUUGCAAUGGCACGUGCGGUGUAUGCUCGGAAGAAAAUCAUACUCUUUGACGACGUAUUUAGUGGCAUGGACAGCUCCGCCGAGAAGCUGAUUUUUGAGAAGCCCUUCGGCGCUGGUUUCUUUCAAUGGCAGAUAACAUUAUUGUUAUCGAGAAUGGCCAGGUUCACCAGGGGACUUACAAUGAUCUAUAUUCAAGAUCAGAUAAUCUUCGAUCUUUCAUGGCGCAAAUCGAUGAUAGUAUACAGCCCAUGUCAAAAAUCGAAGGACCUCCACCAGAACCAAUCCUGCGAAAUUGAGAGGCGUUCCUCCAAAUCUGACUCUGCCUUCAACUCAGCACACAACCCUGGAGAUCUCACAGUAUACAAGUUCUAUAUUGACGCCGUGGGAACUCGCAACAUUAUCAUUCUUUUCAUAUUAGCCAUUUCCCUCAGCUUUUUUACGAGCUUUCCCUCAGUGUGGCUGACGUGGUGGACGGAUGCAGAGGUUCAAGGCCCAGUUCACAACGGUAAAUAUUUUGGAAUAUAUGCUGCAUUACAAGCACUCGGUUGGCUCUCCGUCGCUGCUUUCUUCUAUCACACCGUGGAGAGGAUUGCAGAUAUGCAGUUGAUUGAUGGGGAACUGCCUCGGGCCUUUAUGAAUCUGAUCAUGAGCGUUGCCACUGCCAUAGGCCAAGUGAUUCAUAUCGCGCUUGCUGCACCAUUCGCUGCGAUAUCAUUCCCUUUCAUCAUUGCGGUGUUCAUCGCGGUGCAGAGAUUCUACCUUCGGACAUCCAAGCGCUUGAGGCUUUUGGACCUUGAGACAAGAAGCCCGCUAUACACCCAUUUCCUUGAAACAGUCGCCGGAAUUUCCACUAUCCGUCCUUUCGGCUGGCGUGUAGCAUGCAUGGAUCGAUGCUACCAGCGCCUAGACAGCUCUCAACGGCCCUUUUAUUUGCUCUUCAUGAUCCAGCAAUGGCUUUUCUUUGUGCUCGACAUCAUCACUGCGAUCCUAGCAGUAGUCGUUGUUACCUUGGCUUUCAAGGUUAAAUCGAACUCUGGAUUCAUGGGCGCUGGACUAGUCAAUCUUAUAUCGUUCAAUGCUACGUUGAGAUCCAUCAUAUUCUGCUGGUCUCUUUCUGAGACUUCUAUUGGAGGGGUGUCCAGAGUUCGAGAAUUGGAAUACAGCAUCACCCCGGAAGAGAGACUGGAUGAGAAAGAAUUGCCGCCAACGAAUUGGCCGACACAUGGGAAGCUGGAGAUAAUGAACCUGACAGCCUCAUACCAUCUCAACACCGGUGUUGACAUCUUGAAGAAUGUCAACAUGGUCAUCCAGCCCGGAGAAACACUGGAAGUAAUCGAGUCUUUGGGCGGGUUAGAAGCGGAGAUGAAACCCGAUCUUCUCAGUCAUGGGCAAAAGCAACUUUUUGCUCUUGCACGAGCCCUGCUACAUCCGGAAAAGAGGAUUCUCUUAAUGGAUGAACCUACAAGCAGUCUCGAUUCGGAGAUCGACGCCAUGGUACAGAAUGUAAUUCGCCAGCGAUUUCAAAACCAUACUAUCAUCGCGAUCUCGCAUUGGAUAGAGAGCAUUCUUGGCUUCGAUCGAGUGGCCGUCUUUAGAGAAGGUGAACUUGUCGAGUUUGACGCUCCUACUGUGCUUAUGAAGAGGGAAGCUUCCUUUUUCAAGGAACUAUGUGUAGCUCGGGGACCGAAACAGUUGCGCAUAUAA